UAUGCCUCCUUCGCUGGGGAGGGAUAACCCAACUUGGUAUAAAUACGAAAUUUUCGCUAAUAAGUUCAGUCCGACGCUCCUUUUCAACAAAACCAAAAUGAAAGUGAUAAUUGCUCUCUGCGCCUUUUUUGCGGCCUCCUGUGCCCAACAACCCGCCACCAGCGAGCCCAUCCCCAUAGUGAAAUACGACAACGAAGGAGUCAAUGCUGAUGGGUCUUACCAGUGGAGCUACGAAACCGGCAACGGAAUCAAUGCCCAAGAACAAGGACAAAUAAAAAACGCUGGCUCUGAAAACGAAGCUGCUGAAGUGCAAGGAUCGGCCUCCUGGACCGCCCCCGACGGCACUGCCAUUUCCCUCAACUACAUCGCCAACGAGGACGGCUUCCAGCCUCAAGGUGACCACUUGCCGACCCCACCCCCGAUUCCCCCAGCGAUCCAACGAGCUUUGGAGUGGAUUGCUGCCCAUCCAGAGCCCGAAGAAGCCGCCGCUCCAGCUGCGAGCAACUUGAAACCAGUGUAUAAGAAAAUCGCCCCGCAACAAAGGCGAUUUUAAGCUGUUUUCUUGUAAAUAAAUAAAUUUUAUUGUGUAA